AUGGAUAGAAGGAUACUAGGGUUGAAAAUAAAGGAUUCUGAUUAAUAAUUUUAAUUACUGGGUUCUAUCGGUGGGGGAGGAUACGGUGAGAUUUACGAAGCAUUUGAAAAAGAUGAGGAUCAUAAUCUCAUAAAAAAUCAUAAAGUUGCAGUCAAAUAGCAAUCUGGAAAUACUAAGACUGAUCAGAGAAAUAACCAGUCUCUAACUCUGCCAUCCAAGUAUCCUUUAUGCAAAAGAUGCCUUUCUCACUGA